GGCUUGCGAACCACAAACCGGAAAAUGACGGUCUGGAACGCGUAGUCUAACUGGGACAUCGUCACUUCUACCUUGUUGAUUGAUUAAAGGUCCGUCGUCCCGUCUUGUUUCCCUUGUGGAGGACUUGAGGAUCGUCCUUCCGCUAGCCAGCAUCAACCCUGCUGCUUGUCAUCCUCUGAGCUCCUACCAACAUGGUCGGUAAACGAGCUCUCCCCUCCGGAGGAGCCCCCGAACGCAAGUCGUCAACCAUCAGCGUCCGUCCCUCGAGUCGUGGAACAGUCGGCAACCGCAGAGACUUGGAAAGAGGAGCGAGCUAUCACAGUGGCCGAGGUGAUGGAAGUUUGAAUGGUGAUGUGAAUGGCGAUGCUAGACCUCGUCCUCGACUAUGGCAGUUCAAAGAUGCAGCUCGCACGGCGUUGGAGGACAAGAGAAGGAACGAGCUGAAGAAGGCGCUGUUGAACAAUGUCAAGCGGGACGAGUUGGAGGUAUACCGCAAGACGGACGAGGAGUUGAAAGAGAUCAAGAACAAGGGCGUCAGGAAGUUUUACGAGGCACAGAAUGAACGGCUGAAUGACUGGUUGCACGUCGAUGCGAUUGUCAUGGCUGUCGCGGACGAUGUGCUGGAGUCGAUGGAUCCGGAUCCUGAUCGCGAUGGAAUCCGUGAACGGGGUGGUGGUAUCCAAGAUGUGUCGGGGCAUAUUGGAGAAUUGCUGCCGCAGGAAGAGCAGGAUAAACGAGCCAAGGCGGAGAAGAAGGCGCGAUGGGCGAUUAACAUCAAUGUCAUCGCCAACAUCAUCCUGUUGAUCGGCAAGAUCGCCGCGGCGUUCAGCUCCGGCUCGCUGUCGUUGAUCGCGUCGCUCGUUGACUCCGCGCUGGACUUGCUGUGUACGAUCAUCGUGUGGACGACCAAUCGCCUCGUCGCCUGGCGUCUGAAUGCUCUGCAGAGGAAGUUUCCAGUCGGCCGCAAACGCCUCGAGCCAUUGGGCAUCCUGGUGUUCAGCGUCCUCAUGAUCAUCUCGUUCGCUCAGAUCCUGCAGGAGUCCGUGGAGAAGAUCAUGCCGCUGAAGGGUAAAGCCGAGGCCCUGCCGCCUGUCGCCAUCGCCGCUAUGGCCACGACGGUCGUCGUCAAGGGUAUCAUCUGGUUCGGGUGUAUCCCCAUCAAGACGACGCAAGUCCAAGCUCUCGCUCAAGACUGCAAGACGGACGUCAUCUUCAACACUCUCACGCUGGCCUUCCCUCUCAUCGGCUCCGUCGCGGAUGUGUGGUGGCUCGAUCCAGUCGGAGCCGGUCUCCUAUCCCUCUUCAUCAUCUACGACUGGGGUGCGACCUGCUUCGAGAACGUGACCCGUCUAUCCGGCCAAGCGGCUGAUCCGAACCUGGAGAAGAAACUCAUGUACCUCGCGUACCGCUUCAGUCCGGUCGUGCAGGGGUUCAAGAGUGUCACGGCUUACCACGCGGGCGAUGGCGUGUGGGUGGAGUACGAUGUGCUGCUGGAUCCGAAGACGGAACUGUUUCGAGCACAUGAUAUUGCGGAGACGCUGCAGUAUUGCUGUGAGGGCUUGGAUGAAAUCGACAGGGCCUUCGUUACUAUGGAUUAUUCGACGAGUGGGCCUACCGGGCAUGCGAAUAUCAAUUAG